AAAAUUUGACAAUCACUUAAAGUAUUCACUACUGCUAGCUAGUCAAUACAACAAAAGUGUCUCUAAUAAAUCUGAGAGUUCUUUAAGAAAUAAAAACCAAAGUAAACCACAGACCUAAACAAAAAGUUGCAGUCUGUAAUCCAACCGCCUCUUCUAGUAGCAGAAGCAGAACACUGCAUAAAUUUUUAUGUAGACGGAAAAAGAAAAAGCGCCAAAAUCGAAGGAAAACGGAAAAAGAAAAAUAAAACUAGCUUGAACUUGUAAUUAGUGGAAAAGAUGGCUGUGCGAGUUGGGAACAUGAAGGCGAUGUCGGUAAAUGGAGUUCAAAUGUAUACGAUUUCGUCUCAGCAGCGUUCUGUAGCCACCUGGCUUAAUCCCAAGAAGCAACGAGCUCUUCGCAAAGAUAAAGAAUAUCAGCAAAGAGUGGAGUUGCUUGAGGAUUUGAGGUUUGAAACAGCUACAUCAAAAAUCAAAGUAACUCCCGAUGGAGAAUAUAUCAUUGCAUCAGGAAUAUACCCACCUCAAUUUAAAGUAUAUGAGGUUCGAGAAUUGUCAAUGAAGUUUGAAAGACAUAUGGACUCUGAGAUUAUUGAUUUUCAGAUAUUGGAUGAUGAUUAUUCAAAGCUUGCAUUUUUAUGCGCUGAUCGUUCUGUUUCCUUGCAUGCCAAAUAUGGGAAACAUUACAGCUUGCGGAUCCCAAGGAUGGGGAGGGAUAUUGCAUAUGAUUGUUGGUCUUGUGACUUGCUUUGUGCUGCUUCAUCUCCAGAUUUAUAUCGCAUCAAUUUAGAACAGGGGCGAUUUCUGUCCUCAUUCAAUACACAGUCACCGGCCUUGAAUAUAGUUUGUCGGAGCAAGCUUCAUGGGUUGGUUGCUUGUGGUGGCGAGGAUGGUGCUGUGGAAUGUUUUGAUACGAGAAUGAGAACUUCAGUUGGUAGAAUUAAUGCUGUUGGACCUGCUGGUGAUGUCGACCAGGAGGUCACUGCAUUAGAGUUUGAUGAGGACAAAGGCUUCCUCAUGGCUGUUGGAAGUAGCACUGGGAAGGUGCUGCUCUAUGAUCUGCGAUCCUCACAUCCCAUACGAGUUAAGGAUCAUAUGUAUGGCAGCCCAAUAUUGGAUAUUAAGUGGCAUCGUACUCUCAAUUCUGAACGAGAUAAGCUAAUCACUACAGAUACUCAUGUAGUUAGAAUAUGGGAUCCUGAGACGGGAGACGGUAUGACAAGCAUUGAACCUACAGCAGGAAAAAUAAACGAUAUAUGCGUUUAUAAUAAUAGUGGCUUGAUGUUGCUGGCUUUAGACUGCAGCCAAAUACCAUCCUACUUUAUUCCUUCUCUGGGACCUUCUCCUAAAUGGUGCCCUACUCUUGAAAAUAUAACGGAAGAACUGGAGGAAAACCCACAAACAACCAUAUAUGAUAACUACAAAUUUUUGACGAAAGAGGAUAUUAAAAAAUUGAAUUUGACAAAUUUGAUCGGGACCAAUCUUUUAAGAGCCUACAUGCAUGGGUUCUUCAUUGAUUAUCGGCUGUAUAAGAAGGUCAAAUCAAUGGUGGAUCCUUUUGCUUAUGAGGAUUACAUAGAGCAGCAGAAACAGAAGAAGCUAGAUGAUAGCCGUGCUUCUCGAAUUACGAUUAGGAGAAAAUUACCUAAGGUUAAUGCUAAGUUUGCAGCUACAAUCCUUGAAAAUGAAGAAACUGCGAAUGAAAAGAAAGAUGCUGAUGGAAAUGAAACCAAAAAACCAUCCAAGAAAAAGAAAGUACUUGGCUCUGAGAUAUUCAAAGAUGAUAGAUUUGCGUCACUAUUUUUGAACAAGGACUUUGAGAUUGAUGAGCAGUCACAAGAAUAUGUGGCUUUACAUCCUAUGGCUUCCCAGAAGCAAUCCUCUUUGGUAGAGGAACAUUUUGAACCUGUAAUUGAGGACGAAGAUGAGAAUUCAAGUGAUGCAGAUGCCUCAUCUCAGUCUUCAGAAGAUGAGCCUCGCAAUGAUAAGGUCACAAUGAAAAAGAAAUCACGAGCUCCAAGAUUGUUCGAAGUCAAGGAUGAGAGGCAUGCAGAGGCAUUCUGGAAUCGUGAAUCGCUAAAAACUGAAGACUCUCUUCCUAUGGGAGAGAGGGUGGCCGCUCUAUGUGAUGAUCGUAAGGCUACUGGACUUCCAAAUAAUGUGAAGUUGGGACCAGGAGGAUCCCGGGAAAUCUCCUUCAUUUCUAGAAGCUCAGCCAAGUACAAGGAGGAUGAGGAGGACAAAGAAACACGGGGUGAAAAGAGGCGGGGAGUCCAGUCCCUAGGGCUAAAGUCAGGAGGAUUUAGAGGUCGCGGAAGAGGGAAUCGGGGGAGAGGCAGAAGAGGCCGGCGGUGAACAUGUACCCAAGUGAUUGUAGUUGUAUAGCUUUAGCAAGCCUUCGUGUUGGUGGUUUUAGCUAACAUGUCGUGUUCACAGAGUGGGUGCGAUUAAGCUAUUCAAUCUCAAGGGAAUGCCAAGCUUCUCUAAUUUUUAUUAUUAAGCCAUUUGUAGAAGAAUAUUUUUUGUUUUGCACCAAAAAGGAAAAUUUUGUUUUGUGAAUGAGAGACUCUUCUUAAUGCCAUUUUUAAGCAGUUGGCUAAAUAGAAAAAAGUAGAUCUUCAUUGUUUCUUA